AUGUCAACUUCGAUCGCAUCAAAACGAUUGCCUGUGUAUUUUAUAAGUCAUGGAGCUCCAACCUUGAUAAUCGACACCCACGACAAGACACACAAAUUCUUGAAGCAACUAGGUGCAAAAAUUCGUAAGCAAUUCAAACCUACCGCAGUGGUUAUCGUCUCAGGUCAUUGGGAAUCUACGGAUGUAAUUCGAGUUGGCAGUUUUAGCGGUGAGACGUCAUUAAUUUAUGAUUUCCAUGGAUUUCACGAGACUCUAUAUCAGCAAGAAUAUCACAGUAAAGGAUCCCCGGAGUUGGCUUCGAAAAUUGUUGAUUUGUUAAAGAAGGCUAAAAUGGAAGCAAUCGAAGAUGAAACACGAGGAUUUGAUCAUGGUGUUUGGAUUCCUCUUAAACUCAUUUUUCCAGAACCAGGCGAUGUACCCAUAGUUCAAGUAUCAUUGAAACGUGAUGCUUCUUUUGAAUUUCAUACAAAAGUUGGUAAGGCUCUUGAAUCUCUAAGGGAUGAAGGCAUUCUUCUAAUUGGCUCUGGCUCAUUGGUUCAUAACCUCCGCGAUUCUUUUUCCGAUUUUCAUUCAUCUAAUUUUACACCGAAACAAUACGCUACAACUUUCGAUAAAGACGUCACCGACAUUAUAAAAAAUUCUCGUGGGAAGGAACUCGAAAAUAAAUUGAUCGACUUGAAGAACCACCGGCUCUUGAAAAAAGCACAUCCGACCACCGACCAUUUGGUGCCGUUACAUGUGGCUGCUGGUGCCGCGGGUGAAGAUAAAGGAGAAAAACUUUAUCAUGAUAUUUACAGCGGACUUAGCUCAAGUGCUUUUUGCUGGGGGACAUGUGAAUAA